AAUAUUAUAUUUUGUUGUUUGUGUGGCCCGGAACUGAUUUCAUGCUUGUGCUUUCAAUUAUAAUAGUUGAGUAGACUACGCGACACGGUAUUGGUCAUUUCUUUUUCUUUGAGGCGGUUAGAUGAUAGAUCGCAUGUCGUUCUGGAGAAGAAUUUGAACCAAAAAAAAAAAAAAAAAAGGAGAAGGGUCUUGUCUUGAGUCUUGAGAGACAGGGCCUACGCAUUUUAAUUUUCUUUUUCUUUGAGGAGGUUAGAUGAUAGAACGCAUGUCGUUCUGGAGAAGAAUUUGAACCAAAAAAAAAAAAAAAAAAGGAGAAGGGUCUUGUCUUGAGUCUUGAGAGACAGGGCCUACGCAUUUUAAAUUUUAAAGUCUAAAGUAAGAGCAAAUACAUUUAUUUACGAAAAGAGCAAUUACAAACAACAAUCAAUCCUAAUAAAAUAAACGUAACUUUUACUUUUCACUUUGUGGCUUUACACACUUACAAGAUUAAAGAAGUAAGAAGGCUUAGAGAUCAGAAGGCCUUUUUACAAUUUGGUUAGUAAUAGACAAUAGAUAUAUAAUAAAAUAUAAUUAUAAGACAUAUUAAGAUAUUAUAACUAUAACUAUAAUUAUUAUUGAGUAAUUUUACUCUCACUGUGAUUGAGUCAUCAACCUAUAAUAUAAACUUUAUAAUAAAGUUUAAUAUUAACUAAAUUACUUAUAACUUUGUAAGUUUAUAGUCACUGAACUGACUUAAGGGGCCGUCCAUAAAGCCAUAAAGUAUGUCAACGCUAUUUUUGACCAUUUUUACCCCGCCUCCCCCUGUCCCAAAGUGUCACAAAUUGGGACCCCCCCUCCAAAGUAUGUCACGCUUUCGAACAAAUUUUUUUAAAACGAACACCUAAUUAAAAUUUAAUCUAAAAGACAAUUCACUAAUAAACUGUAUUAAAAAUAUAAAAUUUCCCCUUAAAAGAACUAUCACAUUAUUAAAAUGGCUUUAAUAGUAGAAUAGUUGCUAGCGCUCCUAGCGAGAGGAAUCGUGAACAACACAUUCAGGAGAUACACAUUUCAUGCUAUUUUGACAUAAAACUAAUUCAAAUGUUUCACAAAAUUUUUUGAAAAUUAUUUUUAAAGCUAUUAAAUUCUAAUGAAAAAAAAUUAAAAAAUAAAUUAGUGAUCAAAUUUUAAAAAAUAAGUGUGUGACGUCACACAUUGCCUGACCCCCAUCCCCCCUGUCACAAACUGUCACACUUUCUUACACCCCCUCCCCCCUCUGGAGUGUGACAUACUUUAUGGACGGUCCUUAAUUAGUUAAUAUAAAUUUUAAUUAAAUUGUAGAAAUUAGAAAAAAGUUCUAAUUUAAAUUAAAUAAUCCUCUUGAAAUGGAGUCUUUUUGAUUAUCUGCACCAAAAAAGACGGAUCCCUUUUCACAAGCUCAGCUGACUUACUUUGCAAAAAUAUUCAUACAAAAUAAUUGCUUUACAAAUAUGAACUAUAUAUUUUACUAUUGGAAACUGAUUAUUGAAUUAGCUAAGUCAAAAUGAAAUCUCAACAUUACAUUCAUGCAGAUUAGAUGUACUGAUUUGCAUAAUUUAUGCAUCCAAUUUAUUGCACAAGAUUUCUCUUUUUUUGCACCAUCCUGUAUAAAGUCAAAGAUACGUAUCAUGUAUAAUAUAAAAUGUGACAAUAUGUUUAUCUAGUUUAGAAGAGUUAUUUCAGUUAUUUUUAUUUUAGUAAGUUAACUUAUACUUAUACUGAUAAUAAGUUAUACUUACUAACCAGCCCUGUUCCUUGUAAUAAUUUAACUAUCUAGGCUUAGCGAUAGCAUAAUCAUCCAGAAACAUAUUUGUGCAAAAAAAAGUUUAAAAAAGGAGAAGGGGUUUGGGGAGUGUUUCAAUCUGUCUGUCACAGCUGGGAGACUUAAAUGGAUUAUAAGCAGUGAUUGGAUUCAAAUAAUUUAGUAACAUUGCCUUUGCUGCCCUAAUGAUUAUAAGUAUUAGAUUUAAUUUUAAGAAAAAAACUUUGAAAAGUUUAAGUAUAAGGAAUCUAAAUUUUGAGAGUGUCAUAAUAUUAUCCGGCAGUUUUAUAAAUUCUAAAUAAUUACUAUGUUCAAUUUAUGUUAUUAUGUUUUCUCAAAUAAACUUGCAGUCUGACAAAUUUAAAUAUAAUACUUUUUAAAUUAUGGGCCCUAAACCCUUAAACUUGAUUUUAUUCUUGUAAUAGCUGACAAAAUGGUAAAAUUUGUCAUGUCAUAAUUCAUAGUAUUGAGCCUUAUUUUUAUAAGUUAUGCAUGUAUCCUACUAAUAUGUUUAUUGAGGUUUAUAAUUGACAUAACUUUUUCUAAUCAUACUAUUAGCUUAUUGAAAUUCACCCAAAUAUUAAUUUUAGUUUAGUUAUCUCUCUUUUUGUGACCGCUACACUUAUAGUGAAUAAUACAGUAUAGCAAGAUUGAUAUUUUCCCAUGAUUUUUAGAUAUAUUUGUUACCUCAUGAACUGUUAUAAUAAUUUUCUUUUUUAUCCUAUAAAAUUGGAAACCAGAAUUUCAAGAACAAUAAUAACACUCCAAGACUCCAAGUGUGAAGAAAACCAAAGAUGGCCUCAUUUCUUAUUGACAGACAUUCACCGAUGAGAACAGGAAUGGCAACGAAAUUAAGGCACAGAUCUCGGCACUCUGAGUCAGAUAGCUUUUCCCCUGAGAACCCAAGUGCAGGGGCUGCUUAUGAGGAAGAUCAAAUUUCCCCUGAAAAAGAAUGGGAAAGCAAACCCAAUUUUGCUUCAUUUGAAUCAGAUCAACCUUGUUCUGAAAAACGAAAUGUUCGAAGUAGGUCAAAUACUUAAUUCACAUGUGAAAAAAUAAUUAAGAUUGUUGAUAACCAUAGAGUAAAUAAAAUAUAAAGAGUGAAAGCAGGGCCAGUUCAAGGCGCGUACAAUGCUUGAUCAUCACACAGGCGCCAAAUAAAAAUUUGUUAAAAUAAAAAAACAUAAAAAAUUUCUGAACUCUUUCCAUAAUUUUCUAGAGGGCGACAGUUGCCUGUUUUCACCCAACCUAUAAAUGUCUAGCACCUGCACUGAGUGAAAGACAAAUUAAGCUUUAAAGUUGAGCUUUAUUACUUGAGUUGAUGAAAGAAGACUUGUUUAUUAUGGAAUCAAACAUUGGCAAAGGAGCUUUAGAAUUGGGGAAACACUUUCCUUUCCUGGAGGGAAGGGGCAGGUUUAGGCAAAUGUAAGCAGCAUUUCUGUUGUUCGUGAGUUGACCAUGACCCUCAUAGUUUGUGCUGGUUCUGUCUGUGGGUACGCAGAUGGCUAAUGAGGCCGAUUCUGGCACAAAAUUCUCUUGUGCAGUAGGUGCAGGGGGAAUGAUGGCGCAUCUCCAGGGACAGAGUCAGACCGGGCCUUCCUUGCAUGUCUCUUGCGCUUUACAGCCGCUGUUCUGCCAACUUCAUGUUGCAUGGAGCUCCUGUGCAAAGUGGAACGCCAUGAAGCUCGAUCCUUUGCUUGUUCCUCCCACGUGUCUGGGUUUAUGUUGAACGCUUUCAGUGAGGCUUUUAUGUUGUCUUUAAAACGUUUUUUCUGUCCGCCAGCAGACCGUUUUCGUUGUUCAAGCUCACCAUAGAAAAUUCUUUUGGGAAGACGAUCAUCUGACAUUCUCACAACAUGUCCUGCCCAGUGAAGCUGGGACUUCAUUAAGAUUGUGAAGAUGCUGGGGAGACUUGCCAGUGUUAGCACCUCAGUGUCUGGGACUCUGUCCCGCCAUUUAAUGUUGAGGAUUUUUCUGAGUCUUGUAUGAAAGGGGUUCAGCAUUCUUGCAUGGCGUUGGUAGACCGUCCACGCUUCACAAUCAUAGAGAAGCGUAGGGAGAACAGCUGCCUGAUAUACCUUCAGUUUAGUUUGAGUGUUGAGACCUCUCCUGAUCCAUACGUUCUUAGUCAAUCUUCCAUAGGUUGCACUGGCUCUCGCAAUACAGAGGUUAACCUCGUCAUCGAUGGUUGCACUUUGGGACAGUGUGCUGCCGAGAUAGGAAAAGCUUUUUUCACCACCUUAAGUCUUUCGCCAUAAAUUUGGAUUUUGGGCUCAACAUAAGGGAUUCAAUUAUGACCUCAAUUUUGUGUGUGUUAAUGGUGAGCCCGAAGUUUGUGCAGGCAUUAGAAAAACUUGUGACGCAGCGUUGCAUAUUCACUUCUGAUACAGCGUUUAGGGCACAAUCGUCUGCAUACAGGAUGGUGUCUGUCAGGACCUUCGUUUUGGCAUGUAGCCUCUUGGGGUUGAAUAGAUUACUGUCAGUUCGGUAUCUGAGGCCAAUGCCAGCAUCUCCCUCUCUGAAUGCAUGGGUCAGCAUUGCGGAAAAAAUGAGACUGAAAAGUGUUGGGGCAAGUAUACAGCCUUGUUUCACGCCGUUUGUUACAGGGAAUAGUUUUGACGUCUCUCCAUUAUCCCGAAGUCUAGCCUGCAUACCUUCAUGGAAUAGUCGUACCAUUGACAUUAACUUUCUGGGGCAUCCAUAUUUGGCAAUGAUCUUCCAAAGGCCCUCUCUACUGACUGUGUCGAAAGCUUUGGUCAGGUCUACAAAGGUAGAGAAGAGGUCAACAUUUUGUUCCCUGCACUUUUCCUGUUGCUGUCUGGCCGCAAACACCAUAUCGAUGGUUCCUCCUUCCUUCCGGAAGCCACAUUGACUUUCUGGCAGUAAACCGUUUUCAAGAUGCCUGUUAAGACAAUUUAGCAAGAUUCUGGCUAAUAUCUUGCCUGCAAUUGAGAGCAGUGAUAUGCCACGGUGGUUGUCGCAUCUGAUUGACGGUUCCCUUUAGGCUUGUACGGGUGAACAAUAGAUGCAUCUUUGAAGUCCUGUGGAAUGAUCUCUUGCUGCCACAUAAGUAUGAACAGCUAGUGAAGCCUUUUGGACAGAGCUGUCCCCCCUUCUUUGUAUACUUUGGACGGGAUUGAGUCAUCACCUGAUGUUUGCUGCUUGAGAGAAGGCAUAUAGCAUGUUGGGUCUCAGAUAGGUUAGAGGGGGGUCUUCCAGUUCUUGAUUGAAAGGCAGCAUUUCUACAAUCUUAGCCUCUCCUCAAAAGAAAAGUCAAAACCAGGGACCAAUAUUGUACUUUUUGUGUUCAGUUGUUACAUAUCCUGUUAUGAAAAUUUUUAACAUAAUUUUUUAAAACAUUUAUCAUGUCCAGACAAUGGUAGCACUGGCAAAAAAAUAAAAUAACAUACAGCCACCAAUUGCCAAAUGUAAAAAGUUGUAUUUUAAAAUAGGUAAAUCCAUGCUUGGCUACUUCAUGACUGAGCUGACGAGGGAUUACAAACUAGAAGGAGAUGCCUCAGAAUUUGUUGAAAGAAGAGACAGAGUCUACACAUCAGUAAAUACUCCCAAAAAUUUGGAAAAGGUAUUUUCUUUAGUUAUUCACUGUAGAUUAAACAUUCUUUUAGGUCUGUGCUGAGUAUGCAAACUGAUUUAAAGUCAGUAUUGCAAAUGUAAAUAUUUGAUAUGGCUUCUUUAAAGUUUAUGUUUUUCUGCUACCACUGUUUGAUCAAUAAUGUGCCAUCACCAUUUAAUCAUGUGGGAAAUCUGCCUUUGCUAGUUGAUCUGUUUUGAAUACAGAUCAAAUUCCCACCAGUUCCAUCUCUUUGGCACUGCAACCUUUUAUUUUUGAAGAGCCAUUUUAUAAAAUGAUAUCUGCUAAGAAGCUGCAGGCAGGGAUUAAAUAACAGAACAUUUGUGCUUAUGCCAUCUUGAAUAAUAUUUUACUUUUGAUAACCAAAAUUUAGAACUACAUUAAAACAAACUUUAAAAUUAAAUUAUUUAUUCACUUUUUUUUUUAUAGCUAUUCAAAAUGUUUAAUAAUGAAAUGAUCCUCAGUCAUUGUGUCAAUGAGCUGCUUAUGGCCAGUCUCUUGAAAAUAUCAAGUCUUCUUCUUUCUUGCAUAGAGUGACCAUUGGUUAUCACUUACAAUCUCUUGAAAAUCUAAAUUCUUCAUCUUUCUUGCAAGAGUGACCAUUGGUUAUCACUUACAAGAGAUGAAUAACUUGUCAUAUAAUUUAAUGAAAGCAUUAUGAGUCUAUAAAAUGGAUACAAAUUAAGGUUGUGUUUGGUUAAUAAGAUUUUAUAUUUGUUUUUUUACAUUCUCACUUUCUUAUUAUAUUAUAAAUAUAUUUCAGUUCUGUGCAUUUGGUUUUUUACAAUGCCUAGACUCCAUUUUGUAUAUGGUUACCUUCCUUCCCCUACGCAUCAUCGUUGCUCUCGUACGAGUACUUACUUAUCCAUUUGCAGUUUUAUUCAUAGGGUAAGAUGAGCACUUCAUUUUUAUUUAAGUAAAAUAAAACUAAGACAAAUUUUUAGUUAAAUUUAUCCUCCAAUAAAUUCGCUCAUUGACAGCUAAAAUAUUAAAUACCAUGCAGAACUAUGACAAAAUAGCUUUUAGAGACAUCACAUUCUUGCAUUGGAAAUCUGGUUUAAAACUAAAAUUUCUAAAUUGUCUGAUUUUGUCUUUGAGUAAUGGAGAAAAAUCUUUACUUUUCUUUAGAUUUGAUUAGAAACAGAGACACCUUUGUAAAUGGCUCAUGUUAUAGCUGUACUGGAAUCUUUAAAAAAAAGCUAUGGCAAACUGCUCAGAAAAGCAGCAUACAAAUUAUUUCUACCACCUUCUUUUAAGAAUUCGUAAAUAGUAGUAAACAAUAUUUUCUAAAGGCAAUAAUUACAGCUGCUAAGACCUAUCUUACCUCUUUAUUGUAAUGAUAUAGUUUUUUUAAUAACAUCAUCACUAUUUUAAAUGUUUUAUUGAACAUAAAGUUUCUUUUAAAACCAACUUCACCAUUUACCAUUAUUUCUUUUGAAAUUAUCAUGGUUUUGCAAUAAAUGAGUUUGUUUGAUGUCUGGUCAGUGAGCGGCGCAUGCUGGAUGGAGCUCAAAUCUGUGACUUGCUUAAGGGUCUGAUUCUGGUCAUUAGUUGCUUCAUCACCAGUUACAUGGACAUGUCAAUGAUAUACCAUAUUGUCAGAGGGCAGUCUAUCAUCAAGUUUUAUGUCUUCUAUAAUAUGCUGGAUGUAAGUUGGUUAAUUUCAUUUUAGCCAUGGCUAUUGACCGGUCCACAGACCCUAAGGCUUUGCUUAUAUUUUAUCUAAUGAGGAGUAUUGCCUAUAAUUACUUAGACAUUUUAUAGCUACACCUAACAUAAGUACUUUUGUAGCAUUUAAAUAUGUGAUUUAUUAAAAUUUCAUUAUUAUUUUGAACAAAGAUAAAUUAUGUUAGAAGUCUUUUGACUAAAAAUAUGUUAGUUUUAAAUCUUUUUUAAAAUGUUUUUUUUAACUAUUGAGACCUUAUGCCCUCAAGUUUGGGAUCUCUAGAUCAGGAUAUCCCACCAUUUUCUAUAUUCUGCACCUUCUAUGAAUUCUUUUGACCUAGUCUCACACCUCCUACAUAGGUCAAAGUUCAUUUUAACCCACAAACUGUGGCAUGCAUCAUUCUGUGGUGUGGGAGCUUUUCAGAGCUUUUUGAGUGCCAUUUGAAAUUGCAUUAAAUGACAUAGAAAUAUUGAUACAAGACCCCAGGUAGUAUAUAUUUUUAGAAAGGCAAAUGGAUGGGGAUAAAGUUGGCCAUAUUGUCCAGCCCAUAAAAAAUUUUGCUCCUUGACAUUGGAGUUCUCAAGAAAAAAGAAAAGUAAUAUUAGGACCUUUAUAUAAGAAAAUGGGACCACUGCUAAAACUAAGUACAAAAUACAAAAUCUCAGGCAAAAUAGUUAUUAGUGACUAGUAAACAUUUAAAAAGGAACUGUGGAACUGAUUUGGGUUGUUUAACUAUAAAAUUUAUUAGUUCUGAAUUAUAAUCUGUAGCUUCUGUGACUAAAUUUCAGUCAGUCCUUGCCCAACAUCCGGGCCUGGCUCAAAGUCUAACACUAGCCUCAGUAGGCCUACUUCAGUAUCACUAAGACAAGUAUAAGAUUCACGAAAAGAAUAAUCUCAACUGAUAUCGUCAUGGGGAAUGUUAAAAUCAUCAUCAGUAUCACUUAAAUCCUCUCCUAAAAAGCUUUCAAAAAUAUUUAUAUUAGUUCUUGCACUGAAUGACCCCAGCCAUGGCUUCAACCAAUUUAGCUUUAAAAAAACAGGGAUAUAAAACUCCGAUUAAAAUUUACGUAUUUUUACGUUAUCAAGAAACAGCUUGACCCGGAAGUUGAUUUAAUUAUCAAUAAAAGGAAGAGGCCAUAAUGCCGGUUAAAUAUUUGAUUGGAAGUUGCUAUCAGACCGUGUUUUUUAUUGGCAAAAUUUUGCGUACAGAACGAGAAUGUCGGCUGAUUUUUUCGACUGACCACAGUUCGUGGGUUAAAAUUGGAAAAAAAAAAAAAAAGGAUUUCAAAUUUUUAAUAUGACAAAUAGCCUUUUAGACUUUGGAAAGCAAACUUGUGACUUAUGACAUAAAGUAAAACUUGAAUGAAAAAGUAAAAACAAAAAAAGGAUAAAUAUUUUAUUAUUUCAUAAUUCAAUGGCUCCUCUAUAAUCACAUUCCUGUUCACCCUAUGAAAUGCUACCCCAGGAUAGAAAACCUCACUCUAGAUCAGGCUUGGACAACUCGGAUUGUAAGGCGGGCCGUAAUACUUUGUGAACAACUUUUGUAGGUUGAAAGAAAAUAGGACAGGGGGAAAGCUAUUAAGAAAAUAACAAUAAUAAAGUGUAUUUCUUUAUUUCGUGGGCCGCAAAGUGGGAGCUGGCAGGCCUCAUGCGGCCCCGGGCCUUAUAUUGUGCAGGCAUGCUCCAGAUCAGGGGUAGGGUAACUUUUGUUAGCUGUUAUCCCAAAAUAUAUUUGUUUACCAACUCUCGAGCGUAUUUGAAGGGAGAAAAUUAUGGAAAUUUUAAAAUUAAAAUGGUUUGUUUAAUCUGUUUGCAUCGAAAAGUUUAGGAAACGACAAUUGUUUUAAAGUAAAUGUGUUAAAAAGGCUGAAAUUAAUAAAUUUGUGAAUUAGGGUCAUUCCUCUCUUACACUUAACGCUGACCAAAUUCAGUUUUGCCUGGACAUGACUAUCUUUUUUAACAAGGCACAUGCUAAUAAUUUAAUUUUAUUUAAGUCUAUUGAAUUCCCUUACCCCCUUUUUAGGUAAUUGACCUGGUUUGUUGAACCCUGCUCUAGAUGGAUUGGUGAAUCUAGAGUAGGCUAUUUUCUUACAUGACACUAAAUUUAUUUGAAAAUGGAAAACUGCCUUGUAUUUAUUUUGAAAUUUUCUAUGCUAUAUAGACUGAACUGUUUUGAUUUAUUAAUUAAAAGAAGUUCAAUAGAAGAGCAUUUGCUUUUCAAAACUACAAAUUUCAUUUUAACUAAUUUAGGUAAUGGACAAACUAGUUUCUGGCUUUGGUCAAGAUGUGUUGGACAGCUUAUACUGGACAGCCGUUGAGCCUCGAGGACGCAGAAGAGAACAUUUUGGGACAAUAUUCCACCUCAUCUUUGCCAUUGCCUAUGUCGGUAUCCUUAAAUUAGCUUUUUAUUUUAUCAGUCUACUAAGGUUUUGUCUUGAAAAUAAUCUUAUUACAGUUGAACCCGGCUAUGUCACCGGUCUCGUGGUUUGCCAACAAGCAUCAAGAUAACUGAUGAUCGAGAUAAACAAAAACAAAUAUGGUAGCAAUAUGUUAAUGUGCUUGAAAUUUCUUUAUAUACACAAUGUGUGUUAAUAAAUGAGAAUGUACAUGCACAUGCAGGGGUGCCACUUUUCCAGAUUAUUCAAUUACGGAAUCUGGGUUUAAAAAAAACAAAAAACGUGUAAGAAAGCACGAAAGUCUAUUCAGCGAGAUGCUGGUUCGCUAUAAAUAGUAUGGGUACUGUGACCUCUUACUUUUGUUUGCAAGCACCUCGUUUCUUGCUGUGUCAACUUACUUGCGUGUACAACGAUAUUGUCAAUAAAUAUAUGCAUAUGUGAUGUUAUCAUUGCACAAGAAAUUAUUUCUACAGUGUAUGAAUUUUAUGAGUUUUUAAUUAUGCAAAAUUUGUUUAUUUGUUGUUUGCUAUUUCUUCUUGCGGAGUUCAAAGCUGGCGAUUGUUUAUGGGGAUCGAGAUAACUGACGUUAAGUGGCAAAUUUUGCCCCUUUUGUGCUUGAGAUAUUGGGUUCAUAAAAGAAUCGACAUUACUGAUGAGAAAAUGCUAAGACAAAGAGAGAAUUGGGCGGUUCCACUUCAAAAACGUCGGCUUAAAAGGGUUGGCGAGUUAACCGAGGUCGAGAUAAGUGGGUUUGACUGUAUUAUCUUUUCAUUAUGUUAUUGCUUUUGAUUUAUUUUUCUUCUUAGUCUUCAUUACUGUGGUUCUGUAGGCAAUAGCCAAGUGACACCACUUCUGUCUAACAAACACUUCAGUGUGAGCUUUUACAUUAAUUUUUUAAAACAGAACUGAUUUAUUUUUUUGUCUGUGCAAAGUUUAGAUCUUUAACCACUCCAGUCGUUCAUACUGUGAUGAUCCUUAUUCAAGCAAUUAUCCUCAAUGUGGCAUUCAAUUCACACAACAAAAAUUUGCUGACCAUCAUGAUGUCAAAUAAUGUAAGUUUUUAAAUACUUUUUGACAAUAUCUAAAGCUGUAUAUUUUAAAACUUCAUAAGUCGUAAAUUUUUUUUAUAAUAUUGUGUUCUAAUAAACUCCAAAUGUAAAGGAAUUCAUGUCAUCAUUAUCUGAGGUUAUCAUUCGUCACAUGAAUGAGAACAACAACUGGAUUCUUAUUCUUGUGGCAACCCAUUUUUAAUGACUGAAACAUCACUGGCCGUUUACACAGAUGAUUUUUGUUCUGGCUCUUGACUAAUCAGUCUGAAGGCCAGUUGGGAUGGAGGUUACUGAUUGACACAGCAUUGGAUGUUACUGAUUGAUACAGGGAUGGAUGUUACUGAUUGAUACAAGGAUGGAUAUUACUGUCUAACACAGUGAUGGAUGGAUAUUACUAAUUGACACAGGGAUGGAUGUUACUGAUUGACACAGGGAUGGAUGUUACUGAUUGAUACAGGGAUGGAUGUUACUGAUUGAUACAAGGAUGGAUAUUACUGUCUAACACAGUGAUGGAUGGAUAUUACUAAUUGACACAGGGAUGGAUGUUACUGAUUGAUACAGGGAUGGAUGUUACUGAUUGACACAGGGAUGGAUGUUACUGAUUGAUACAGGGAUGGAUGUUACUGAUUGAUACAGGGAUGGAUGUUACUGAUUGAUACAGGGAUGGAUGUUACUAAUUGACACAGGGAUGGAUAUUACUAAUUGACACAGGGAUGGAUGUUACUGAUUGAUACAGGGAUGGAUGUUACUGAUUGACACAUGGAUGGAUGUUACUGAUCUAUACAGGGAUGGAUGUUACUGAUUGAUACAGGGAUGGAUGUUACUGAUUGACACAGGGAUGGAUGUUACUGAUUGACACAGGGAUGGAUGUUACUGAUCUAUACAGGGAUGGAUGUUACUGAUUGAUACAGGGAUGGAUGUUACUGAUUGACACAGGGAUGGAUGUUACUGAUUGAUACAGGGAUGGAUGUUACUGAUUGACACAGGGAUGGAUGUUACUGAUUGACACAGGGAUGGAUGUUACUGAUUGAUACAGGGAUGGAUGUUACUGAUUGAUACAGGGAUGGAUGUUACUGAUUGAUACAGGGAUGGAUGUUACUGAUUGAUACAGGGAUGGAUGUUACUAAUUGACACAGGGAUGGAUAUUACUAAUUGACACAGGGAUGGAUGUUACUGAUUGAUACAGGGAUGGAUGUUACUGAUUGAUACAAGGAUGGAUAUUACUGUCUAACACAGUGAUGGAUGGAUAUUACUAAUUGAUACAGGGAUGGAUGUUACUGAUUGAUACAGGGAUGGAUGUUACUGAUUGACACAGGGAUGGAUGUUACUGAUUGAUACAGGGAUGGAUGUUACUGAUUGAUACAGGGAUGGAUGUUACUGAUUGAUACAGGGAUGGAUGUUACUGAUUGAUACAGGGAUGGAUGUUACUGAUUGAUACAGGGAUGGAUGUUACUAAUUGAUACAGGGAUGGAUGUUACUGAUUGACACAGGGAUGGAUGUUACUGAUUGAUACAGGGAUGGAUGUUACUGAUUGAUACAGGGAUUGAUGUUACUAAUUGAUACAGGGAUGGAUGUUACUAAUUGAUACAGGGAUGGAUGUUACUGAUUGACACAGGGAUGGAUUUUACUGAUUGAUACAGGGAUGGAUGUUACUGAUUGACACAGGGAUGGAUGUUACUGAUUGACACAGGGAUGGAUGUUACUGAUUGACACAGGGAUGGAUGUUACUGAUUGAUACAGGGUUGGAUGUUACUGAUUGAUACAGGGAUGGAUGUUACUGAUUGACACAGGGAUGGAUGUUACUAAUUGAUACAGGGAUGGAUGUUACUAAUUGAUACAGGGAUGGAUGUUACUGAUUGAUACAGGGAUGGAUGUUACUGAUUGAUACAGGGAUGGAUGUUACUGAUUGAUACAGGGAUGGAUGUUACUGAUUGAUACAGGGAUGGAUGUUACUGAUUGAUACAGGGAUGGAUGUUACUGAUUGAUACAGGGAUGGAUGUUACUGAUUGAUACAGGGAUGGAUGUUACUGAUUGAUACAGGGAUGGAUGUUACUGAUUGAUACAGGGAUGGAUGUUACUGAUUGAUACAGGGAUGGAUGUUACUGAUUGAUACAGGGAUGGAUGUUACUGAUUGAUACAGGGAUGGAUGUUACUGAUUGAUACAGGGAUGGAUGUUACUGAUUGAUACAGGGAUGGAUGUUACUGAUUGAUACAGGGAUGGAUGUUACUGAUUGAUACAGGGAUGGAUGUUACUGAUUGAUACAGGGAUGGAUGUUACUGAUUGAUACAGGGAUGGAUGUUACUGAUUGAUACAGGGAUGGAUGUUACUGAUUGAUACAGGGAUGGAUGUUACUGAUUGAUACAGGGAUGGAUGUUACUGAUUGAUACAGGGAUGGAUGUUACUGAUUGAUACAGGGAUGGAUGUUACUGAUUGAUACAGGGAUGGAUGUUACUGAUUGAUACAGGGAUGGAUGUUACUGAUUGAUACAGGGAUGGAUGUUACUGAUUGAUACAGGGAUGGAUGUUACUGAUUGAUACAGGGAUGGAUGUUACUGAUUGAUACAGGGAUGGAUGUUACUGAUUGAUACAGGGAUGGAUGUUACUGAUUGAUACAGGGAUGGAUGUUACUGAUUGAUACAGGGAUGGAUGUUACUGAUUGAUACAGGGAUGGAUGUUACUGAUUGAUACAGGGAUGGAUGUUACUGAUUGAUACAGGGAUGGAUGUUACUGAUUGAUACAGGGAUGGAUGUUACUUAUUGAUACAGGGAUGGAUGUUACUGAUUGAUACAGGGAUGGAUGUUACUGAUUGAUACAGGAAUGGAUGUUACUGAUUGAUACAGGGAUGGAUGUUACUGAUUGAUACAGGGAUGGAUGUUACUGAUUGAUACAGGGAUGGAUGUUACUGAUUGAUACAGGGAUGGAUGUUACUGAUUGACACAGGGAUGGAUGUUACUGAUUGACACAGGGAUGGAUGUUACUGAUUGAUACAGGGAUGGAUGUUACUGAUUGAUACAGGGAUGGAUGUUACUGAUUGAUACAGGGAUGGAUGUUACUAAUUGAUACAGGGAUGGAUGUUACUGAUUGAUACAGGGAUGGAUGUUACUGAUUGAUACAUGGAUGGAUGUUACUAAUUGAUACAGUGAUGGAUGUUACUGAUUGAUACAGGGAUGGAUGUUACUGAUUGAUACAGGGAUGGAUGUUACUAAUUGAUACAGGGAUGGAUGUUACUAAUUGAUACAGGGAUGGAUGCUACUGAUUGACACAGGGAUGGAUGUUACUGAUUGAUACAGGGAUGGAUGUUACUGAUUGAUACGGGGAUGGAUGUUACUGAUUGAUACAGGGAUGGAUGUUACUGAUUGAUACAGGGAUGGAUGUUACUGAUUGAUACAGGGAUGGAUGUUACUGAUUGAUACAGGGAUGGAUGUUACUGAUUGAUACAGGGAUGGAUGUUACUGAUUGAUACAGGGAUGGAUGUUACUAAUUGAUACAGGGAUGGAUGUUACUGAUUGAUACAGGGAUGGAUGUUACUGAUUGAUACAGGGAUGGAUGUUACUAAUUGAUACAGCGAUGGAUGUUACUGAUUGAUACAAGGAUGUAUGUUACUGAUUGAUACAGGGAUGGAUGUUACUGAUUGAUACAGGGAUGGAUGUUACUAAUUGAUACAGGGAUGGAUGUUACUGAUUGACACAGGGAUGGAUGUUACUGAUUGACACAGGGAUGGAUGUUACUGAUUGACACAGGGAUGGAUGUUACUGAUUGAUACAGGGAUUAAUGUUACUAAUUGAUACAGUGAUGGAUGUUACUGAUUGACACAGGGAUGGAUGUUACUAAUUGACACAGGGAUGGAUGUUACUGAUUGAUACAGGGAUGGAUGUUACUGAUUGAUACAGGGAUGGAUGUUACUGAUUGAUACAGGGAUGGAUGUUACUGAUUGAUACAGGGAUGGAUGUUACUGAUUGACACAGGGAUGGAUGUUACUGAUUGAUACAGGGAUGGAUGUUACUGAUUGAUACAGGGAUGGAUGUUACUGAUUGAUACAGGGAUGGAUGUUACUGAUUGAUACAGGGAUGGAUAUUACUGAUUGACACAGGGAUGGAUAUUACUGAUUGACACACUUGAAUACUAUUCCACAGUUUGUUGAGAUUAAAGGCAACUUGUUUAAACGUCUGGACAAGAAUAACUUGUGUCAAAUAACUUAUGGCGAUGUCAAGGAAAGAUUUCACUAUUUAGUGCUGCUUCUAUUUGUGUUCAUCAGGAAUAUGAAGGAACUUCAGUGGAGCUGGGGUAUGUUAAGUUCUUGGAUUUCUUUUACUAUGACAUAAAGUUAAUCAAUCCUAGCUCCCAUUAUAACAUAUCUUUGCUGGCCGGUGUUAGUUAGUCAGUCCUAACUCUGGACGGCUUACAUAUCUUAGUUGAGUUAGUUAUUACAUAAAGUUAGUCAGUCCUAACUCUGGACAGCUUACAUAUCUUAGUUGAGUUAGUUAUUACAUAAAGUUAGUCAGUCCUUGCUCUGGAUGGUUAACAUUACAGGAUAUCUUUUUUAGGUUUGUAGACCUUUAACACGAAUUUAAUGUAUUUUUCAUCGUGAUAUAAUUCACGUAUCACUAUGAAUUUGAAAUUUUGACAUGUUCCUUAUUCCACCAAUUUUGACAGACAUGGCUUUCCCAAUCAUCCAAGAUGCUGCUAUUGUUAUGCUGGUAGAAGUUGUAGUAGAUUGGAUAAAACAUGGCUUCAUCACCAAGUUUAAUGAAUUGUCUGCAAGUGUAUGUACAUGCAAAUGUUUAGUGUUUCUCGUGUAUAUACAAGCACAUUUUAGUGUUUGUAAAAUAUGAAUUGUCCUUUAUAUAUUUCCACUCAUUGUUACUCUACAGCAGAAUUAUAAAUGUUUUUAGAUGUAUGUGCAAUAGUGGGUUAUUUCAGCCAUUUUUUUUUGGUCCAGUCUUAUGCAGAUUUUGCCCUGGGUCUUGCUCAAGAUAUUGCCACUAGCCAGAAGAAGCAUGUGAGUAAGCCCACUUCACUUGCAAGUUGACCAAAGUCAUUUAUUUUCAAACCAAGGGGACUGUACUUUAGAGGAUUAUUUGAAACAAUUCAUUUACUUACUCAAUUUUAAUUUAAAAUCCUUUUUAAAUAAUUAUUAUUUGUUUGAUAAAUACAUUUUAUUAAAAAAAAUCAGUGGGAAUUUUUUUAUGUCUUAAGUUGAUAGAUAUAUUUUCCUGUCACAUUAUUUUGUUAGCAUUUCAAGUGCAGUUUCAGUUGACUGUUUUUAUAUACUAUGAAAAGCUUGGUGUUAAAAAUUCUUUUAGCAAUAUUCAAAGAAUAGGAUUGUCAUAUGAUUGUCUUCAACAUGAUUUUAGCGAUAUUCAAAAUAUUCUUCAAUUGUUGGGGUAGCCAUCUUUGUUCUUGUUAUCCAGGCAUUCACGAACUUUAGUGACCAGGUUUGUAGGAGAAUGGGCUUCACUCCAAUGCCACUGAUUUGCCUCUUGUUCAUGGUGUGUACAAAAUCUUUCAAUAUUGAUGGCCCACUUCCUUGGCUGCUGGUUGGCCUCUUCUAUUUUUGGUAGGUCAUCUUUCAAAUCAUUUUUCAUGUAAAUACCAAAAUGCCAGCAAUUCUAGAGCUGCUCAUGUCCAAAUGUUUAUUAGAGUUUGUAACCGUCCACCCUGUUGUUGGUAAUACAGUGAUAAUGGUUAGCUAAGUCUAUGAUAAAUGUAUAACUGUCACUGCCACAUCAAGACAUCAAAUGUAAUUAAAAUGAAUUAUAGAGUCACUUGAUGUAAAUAAUCACUGGCACUUUAUUUCAAUAAAACUGAAUAUACACAAUUACAACUUCAUUUAUAAUACAGGAUAUCUAGAUAUGUUUAGACAUGGCUGUUGAUUCAUUAUCUUUACUGUCUUCACAUUAUUACACAAUUUAUUAUCGCACAGAAGCACAAGGCCAUCAUUCCAAUAUGGCUGCUUCACCUGGUCAGUUAUAGCUUAUGGUCUUCUUAUUCUCUCCCCUGAUUCUACCUAAUCUCAAAUCAGCACACACAAAAUUAUAUCGUUAUAGAGUUAAAGCAAUUGUGUGAAUCACCGCAGGUUUUUAAUAGAGCCGAGCUCAAACCCACUAAGCUCACAGAUGGCAAGCUUGAACCUGGCAUAAUGUUGUCAACAAAAUCUACGUUGCAUAAUGAACGGCUCUACUUUAGUGUAGCAUGAAGGGAGUUAAUUUGGAAAUUGGUCAUUUUGGUUGUUUUCAUUUGGAACUCUUUUGUAAGGUUAAUUUUGGUUAAAAACCUACACUUUUGAAAUAAAAAUUAUAAUUAAAAUGGGAAUCACUCAAUGACUAGAUUUCAGUUGUAUUUGUGCCAACACAAAGAAAUUUUUUUUUUUUCAGUUUGAUGUCCACUAAAGUUUUGAAUAGUAUAAUACUCUUAGGCUGGGCGCAGCGACUUAUCACAGAGAGAGAUAAAAGUGCACAGUCUACCGGCACGGUUGUCAACUCACAGGUAAGUAUUACACUGCCACCUGGAUGAUAAGUUUGCAGACGACUAAUACACACAGUUAUAUAUCGGCCAAUCAUCAACUAAUUCACUUAAAUAAAAAUGAGCUCACCGGUAAUCAAAAUAAAUAUUUUUUCCUGUCAUAUUCCUAACAGUGAUGUCACCUUGGUCAAUCCUCUUAACUUAGAUUAAUUGAGUUCACAUUAAAAUCACUGUGAUUCUACACUUACCUCUGUGUCUACAGGUUAUACCUAUCUCUAUGAGUACAGACUACACCUAUCUCUAUUUCGACAGGUUAUACCCAAAAAGGAAGAGAAAUCCUCGUCAGCUAAAGCCAAGACUGACGUCAAUCCUGAUCUGCUGGUCCCUAACAGCAGCACCCCCACACGUCCCACACCAGUAGCCUCCAGUGUAGCGGUGAAUACAGAUCCGUUAUUGUAUCAAGAUGUCUCCGGCUUCAUGUCAAUGUGUGAGCCCAACGAGCACAUGACCUCGUCACUGAUCUCUGAUGCUCUGGCUGACGGGGACCUUCUGGUUUCUGCUGAAGGUCAUUUUCAGCUCCUGCAUGACAACCAUCAGUUGGCACAAAAUGAGAUCACAUCCGAUGAUGAUUCACUGCUUCAACAGUCAUCCUCAUCUCUGCAUUCAGUUCUAAAGUCGGGGUCUGACGAUUCCACAUGCUCAUCCAAUGUGGUCCGGGGGGAUGGUGCUGACAUAAGUUACCAUGAGCGGUCCACCUCAGUUCAUCAAAACCAAUCUGACACUGAUAUGGGGGUGAAACAUGGCAACUAUGUAAAUCCUUCUUCAAAUCACCCAAACUCAACAACACCGCCGCCACCCCUAUUUCGUUCAACUUCAUUACCGGUAAAGUUAACAUCUGAUCCCUGCAGUACUGAUGAACCCAAUGGUAGUAAUGUGACAGUCUUAAAUCCAAGGGAUAAUUCACUUGUGUCUAUUUCUGAAUUGGAUAACCCCGUGCACUCAUUGACUACAAAUUAAAAGAUUGUGAGAUGUCAGUUAAGUCAUUUGAAAAAUCUCUUGCCACAGUCCGGUGGCUGGGCAAGAUCUCACCCUGGAUAAGGAAACCGCUUCACAAUAGCAGUUGCCAGAAAGGAUAAAUACAUUUUAGAUAAAUGUAGGUUGCUUGCUUUACAAACUCCAUAUAUUUAUACCUAUACAAACUUAUUUCCCUGACAUUCUUUGUGGUAUUUCAUAUUUAUGUUGUGGGAAGAAUUUGCAUAAUGAUUUGAAUAUUUUUGAAAUUUUAAAAAUUUUCUUUCUACUCACAAAUCCCAGCAAAUCUUUUUUGCUGGGUUCACUGUCUGUCUGCUGUUGACCUGAAAGGUCACCUGAGUUGUUGACACAGAGUGGCGGCCCCGGUUUGCUGGUUUGAGAGAAGCAGGUUUACACUUUUGCUCAGUUUUGAUUGCUACAUUAUGCAGGAAGAAAGAGGGGG